CUUGUUCUCUUUUUGUCUUCUUUAUCAAAACCCCAAGCAAACCCCACAUUCCACCCCUCUCCUCUUGUCUUGCUCUCUUCAUCACCUCCCUGUGGUUCAUUUUCUCUCCUUUUGGAUCUUCUUCUUCCCUCAGGUAGUUGCAGCUGAUUGAUAUAAUAUCAUCUAUAUAUUAAGAGGAAGAAGGAGAUCCAAUUAUCCAAAGUAAUAAAAUAAAUAUGGCACCUGUUUCAUUGCCUCCUGGUUUCAGGUUCCACCCUACUGAUGAAGAACUUGUUGCUUACUACCUAAAGAGGAAGAUUAAUGGCCGUAGGAUUGAGCUGGAGAUCAUACCUGAAGUUGAUCUCUAUAAGUGUGAGCCAUGGGACUUGCCAGGGAAGUCGUUGUUGCCAGGAAAAGAUAUGGAGUGGUAUUUCUUUAGCCCUCGUGAUAGAAAGUACCCAAAUGGAUCAAGAACUAACCGUGCAACCAAAUCUGGGUACUGGAAGGCUACAGGGAAGGAUCGAAAAGUAAAUUCACAGGCUCGAGCCGUGGGAAUGAAAAAAACCCUAGUUUACUACAGAGGAAGAGCACCUCAUGGCUCUCGUACAAAUUGGGUUAUGCAUGAAUAUCGCCUUGAAGAGAGGGAAUGUGAAACCGCUUCAGGCUUGCAGGAUGCAUAUGCUCUUUGCCGUGUGAUCAAGAAGAGUGAAGUGAUUGCACCAAAAGUUGGAGCUUACUGUGCUAGCAUAACCAGCCAAGCUAACCAGAUUACAAGCGAUCAGUCAUCAAGCAUUGAGCUAUAUUCUGAAGGAAGGGGUGAAGAUUUAGAUAGCUCAAAUUAUUUGAUGCCAAUUGAUACUUUCUCACACCACAAUAUGGGAAAUGAGUCUUCUCUCAAUAUCAAUAGUGGGACAAGUCAUCAUGGGAAUUGGCCACCCUUCUCAUCAGAAGACUCAUUAUUUAGUCUUCCAACUUCUUCAUUUCCUAAUUAUGGAGCCAUUACAUACCCUCCAUCCAAGGUGGAUAUAGCUCUAGAGUGUGCAAGGAUGCAACAUAGGUUUACUCUGCCACCUUUGGAGGUGGAAAACUUCCCUCAAGUUGGAAUCUCUGAGAUGCAGAUGACACAAACAUAUGGUGCCAUGCAAAGAGCUGAAACUGAUAUCUUGCAGGAAAUUCUUUCAGUUGCUCAUGCUUCUCAGGAUUUGAUGAAUCACCAGCACUCCAGCUACUCACAAGCAUGGGGUGGCAAUGAAAAUUAUGCUUCUCAUGAAGGUGAUUUUACUUUCAUGGCUGGAACUAACUACAAUCACAUAAAUGACAUGAGCUCCAUGAGCUAUUCUGACAAAACAUGGGAAGAUUCAAACACAAGAUCAAUAGAGAUUGGUGAUGUGGGUGAGGAGUUUAAGGCAGGGAGGAUGGUAGAGAAUUUAAGAUGGGUUGGAAUGUCAAGAGAAGAUUUAGAAAAGAUGGAAGAACAAAAGAUUGUUCCAAUUGAGGAUAUUUCAAGCUUCCAAACAAUCAGGGAAGAAAAUGAGGUGCAAGAACCUGAGAAAAACAAUAGCAGCAAAGAACACAAUGACACUGACAUCAAUGAUUUCUCAUUAGGCUUCAUCAAUGAUGGUGACCCCAGUGAGAAUUUCAUAGAAGAUGGUAAUAUGGAUGAUGAUUACUCAAGUUCUCCAAGCUUUGAGGUUGUUGAGGAAACAAAGGUCAGUCAUGGAAUGUUUGUUUCAACUGGUCAAGUAGCCAUGACACUCUUUCACCAAAUAGCUCCUUCGCAAACCCUCAAAGUACACCUCAAUCCAGCAGUUAUGGAAAAAAAUAAACAUUCUGUAGAAAAUGCAGAGGCACAAAUGAUGCUAAUGGAGAACAAAGGGUCCUUGUUUUGGAAGUUCAAGAGCUAUGUUAUGGGGAAGCUAACGAAGUCAUCAAAGACAAUAGCAAGUGUGGUUGUAUUUGUCUUUGCACUUCUGUUGAUGCAUUGUGUUUAUUUGAAGCAAGAAGUGGAAAUUUGGAAACCAGAACCUGAGGAUAUGAAAGAUAAAUCCUGUGUUAGUGUUACCACCAUGAAGAGAAUGAAGCAAUCAUCUGAGAUAGUCAAAUGGAAUGAAUCAAAAGAGGUUUGGUUUGUUGGCAUCAAGAGUGAGAAAGGAUUAAGUGCAGUCUUGAAGAAAAUGGGCAUUUUCUUCACCAUAUCCUUAGCUCUUUGUACCAUGUGGGCUAACCACAUCAUAGUUAACCCUUGAUCUCCUAGUUCAUUUAUUUUUGUCUCUAACUUAAGGAGUUUUAGUUUGAGAAGUCUGAAACUUUGCUUCUCUGAGUUUAGUAGGACACUUAUCUAUCCAGAUACUCAUUAUAUCUAGUUUGACAGUUAUUUCAUUAAGCCAUAAUUGUACUCAAUCAUAUGAAUAGAAACGUUUAUCUUUGAUUCACCUGUGAGGCUGUGAACUAAACCUGAAGAAUACAAGGUAGGAAGCUUCCAUGAAGGUUCAAAUCAGAAGACUACUUUCAGAAUGAUCAUUAGAAAGCUUGACAACCAAUCUAGAUGGGCAAUUGCACAAACUUCAUGUAAAGAAUGCUUUUUGCCAUGGUGAUCUCAAAGAAGAAAUUUACAUGGAAUCCAUCAGGAUACAUAAUUUUCAUUCAAAUAAGUUGAAACAAGCUUUGUGUGGGUUGACUAUA